AUGUACAUAUCGGCUGCCGCUCAGCCUUUGCGCGCUCCGACGGCCAGCUUCGUUCGCAUUGCUCGAUACCAGGCUUUUCGCCCUCAUGCUUUGCGCCCUCAUGUGCGAUGGUUGGCCGCCGUCGCUGAUAACGCCAAUCCAAAACAACGAAAUACUCUUGCUUUGCCCUCUCAAGCCCGAUAUAACGAAAUAGGUGUCCAGCAGCUCAGCUCCCAUGUAUUCGACCAGAUUUUCCCCAAUGGUGUCGACCCUCCACCAAAAGAGCUCGUUGAGCUGUCCAAGGAUCAUUUACGACGCCAUGACUUACUUGGAAAAAACACCGACAAAUCCGAACCCAUAGCCUUCGACAUUCCACCUCUACAAGGGCGUACGCUCGAUGAGCACUUCCACAAGCUCGGCAUGGACAGCGCCGAGCCCUUCCUCUCAUAUGCGAAGCAGUUCGCUCGCGCAAACCCACCACCAAAACCUCGAAAAUGGGUACGACAAAGCGGUUGGACAAAAUAUUAUCCUGACGGUAGCGCCGAGAAGGUCGAGUCGCCUGACGAGGCAAUGCUAUCUUUUGACACUGAAGUUAUGUGGAAAGUAAGCCCCUUCGCUGUGAUGGCGUGCGCAUCGAGUCCAACUGCUUGGUAUGCAUGGCUAUCGCCAUGGCUGUUAGGGGAGACCGAAAACGACCGGCAGUUGAUUCCAUUGGGAGACCCAACCAAGGACCGAAUUAUCGUUGGGCACAACGUGGGUUUCGACCGAGCGAGAGUGCUAGAAGAGUACGACAUCAAGCAAACCCGAAAUGCCUUCCUCGACACAAUGUCGUUGCACGUAGCUGUCAACGGUAUGUGCUCCCAGCAACGACCUACCUGGAUGCAGCACAAGAAGAAUCGCGAGAUGCGGGAACGAAUCGCAAACGAAACCCCAGACCACGACCUAGGCACGGUACUAAGUAGCCCAAAUAUCCAUGAUGAGGAAGAACUCUGGGUCGAACGAAGCUCUGUUAACUCUCUUCGAGAUGUUGCUAAGUUCCACCUCAAUGUUUCCAUUGACAAGGCCAUCCGAAAUGAUUUUGGCGAGCUGGACCACGCAGGAAUUCUGGCAAAAUUGGACGAGCUUCUAAAUUACUGUGCUGCCGAUGUGUCAGUCACUCAUCGUAUCUAUCAGAUUGUAUUCCCCAACUUUCUGGAGACAUGUCCACAUCCUGUCAGCUUCGCAGCCCUCCGGCAUUUGUCCUCGGUCAUUCUCCCAGUUAAUCAGUCGUGGGAUGCGUAUCUUACAAACGCAGAGGCUACCUACCACAAGCUUUCCGACUCUGUCCAGGAACGUCUUGUCGCUCUUACCAAUAAGGCCUUGAAAAUAAAAGAAAGCCCCGAUGAGUACGAAAACGACCCUUGGAUGCAGCAGCUUGACUGGUCUGGUCAAGAAAUAAAGAUGGUCAAGGGCAAAAAAAAGAACGAUCCCCCGAGGCCCGCGGCUAGGCAGAAAAAGCCAGGCAUGCCCAAAUGGUACAAGGACCUCUUUCAAUCUAGCGAUGCACCCAUCAACAUCACGGUUCGAACGAGAAUCGCCCCUCUUCUAUUACGACUGGCUUGGGAAGGGAACCCAUUAUUUUGGUCUGAUAAGUAUGGGUGGACGUUUCGAGUGCCACAAGCAGAAGCCCCCAAGUACAUAGCUAAGCAAGCUAUCGAGUGCAAGUUUGACGAGACUGACAUCAAGUUACGCGAUGAUCACGCUCACUCUUACUUUAAACUUCCUCACAAGGACGGCCCAACUGCUCGCUGUGCGAAUCCAAUGGCGAAAGGCUACUUAGCAUAUUUCGAGAGUGGUAUUUUGUCUUCAGAGUAUUCAUAUGCGAAGGAAGCGCUGGAGAUGAAUGCAUCUUGCUCUUACUGGAUAAGUGCAAGAGAUCGCAUCAGAUCUCAAAUGGUUGUCUACGAAAAGGAUCUGCCCGGGGGGAGGGAAGAAAGCAACGGCGAAAGAGAUGGUUUCAUCUUGCCGCAAAUCAUUCCAAUGGGCACUAUAACACGAAGAGCAGUCGAGAAUACUUGGCUCACUGCUAGUAACGCCAAGAAGAAUCGGGUAGGCUCUGAGCUCAAAGCAAUGGUCAAGGCACCCAAGGGCUACUGCUUUGUGGGAGCGGAUGUCGAUUCAGAGGAGCUCUGGAUUGCCAGUCUUGUAGGCGAUGCAACAUUCAAGCUUCACGGUGGAAAUGCGGUUGGUUUUAUGACCUUGGAGGGUACGAAGGCUGCCGGUACCGAUCUUCACUCACGCACAGCAUCCAUCCUAGGUAUCACCAGGAAUGACGCCAAGGUUUUCAACUAUGGGCGAAUUUACGGUGCCGGUCUCAAGUUUGCUGCGACUUUGCUGCGACAGUUCAAUCCAAACCUCUCAGAAAAACAAACCCUGGAGACGGCUUCGAAGCUCUAUGCCAAUACCAAGGGUACAAAAACCAACCGCAAAGUCCUUUACAAGCGUCUAUUCUGGAGAGGUGGCACUGAGUCAUUCGUGUUCAACAAACUAGAAGAGUUUGCUGAACAAGACAAAGCAAGGACCCCAGUAUUAGGAGCCGGAAUAACUGAGGCUCUUAUGGGGAAAUACAUCAGCAAGGGUGGCUAUCUGACAUCUCGAAUCAACUGGGCCAUCCAAUCGUCUGGUGUUGACUACCUUCAUCUGCUCGUUGUUUCCAUGGACUACCUGAUUCGCCGGUUCAACAUUAAUGCUCGAGUAGCUAUUACAGUUCAUGACGAAAUCAGAUACCUGGUUAAAGAAGAAGACAAAUAUCGUACGUCAAUCGCUCUUCAGGUCGCCAAUAUCUGGACACGGGCCAUGUUCUCUCAGCAGGUCGGCAUUGAAGAUCUUCCUCAGUCCUGCGCAUACUUUUCUGCCGUCGACAUUGACCAUGUCUUGCGUAAGGAAGUGGACAUGGAAUGCAUUACUCCUAGUCACCAAACGCCUAUCCCACCUGGAGAGAGCAUUGACAUUGUCGCUCUUCUGGAGAAGGGUGAUGAAGCCAGGCUAGAUCCUUCUAUUAUCCCCGAUGCCAAGCACGCUCCUAAGUUGGACCAUAUCAAGUAUACUCCGCGUGUGCCAAUCAUGCAGAGCAUCCAGGAGUCAGCGCAAGAAACACUCCCCUUCCUUAAAGCACAGAUAGUUAGUGAAGAUGAGGAGCUCCGGGAUAUCGUGCGAGAUGUUCAAAAAGCCAGGCUUGCAGCAACGCCCAAGAAGGACAGGCCGCUAAGCAGGAGAGAAUUGCAGAGUGUGUUGCCAUACAGGGCUUAUCCAAAGCUGAUGCCGAUGGACGAACCUAUUUUGGUAUCAGAAGCUAUAGGCACAAAGCACAAUGGGUACGACAAUAACAGGAACAGCAAAUGGGGGUGGCCGAAGAACUCAAACAAGGGCUCUGGAGCAAACUGGAGGAUGUAA